AUCUCGACUGCCUAACAGUCUUACAACUCCUUGAGCUGUGCACCGAGUCCUCAAGCGUGACCAUGUCCUCCACCACCAAUGACCCCAUCGCCGAGCACGGCUGGACCGCCGUCCCCUUGGACCCGGAAGCCAUUUUCCAAGGCAAACCAUAUCUCUACGAACCGGGCCCCAUCCUCGUCAAGGACAUCCACUUCCCAUCCGAGGACCCCAUCGUAGCCAAGGCCCAGCAAUUCGCGAAAGAGCACCUCCCACCCCAAACCUACAACCACUCCAUGCGCGUCUUCUACUGGGCAACGGCAAUCCUGCACCAACAAUUCCCGACCCACGCCGCGCACCUCUCCCCCUCCACCCUGGCCCUCACCGCCCUCCUCCACGACAUCGGCACCGCCGCCGCCUUCCUAACCACCACCCACCUCUCCUUCGAGUUCCACGGCGCCAUCACCGCCCUCCACCUCCUCACCCCACCCACACCCACCACAUCCACCACCACCUCCCCCACCCCCCUAGGUUCCCCACCCGCCCCCCAAGCCGCCCAAGCCGCCCAAGCCCAAGCCGAAGCCGUCUGCGAGGCCAUCAUCCGCCACCAGGACCUCGGCACGCGCGGCUCCAUCACCUUCCUCGGCCAGCUGGUGCAGCUGGCGACCGUGUACGACAACCUGGGCGCGCGGCCGUAUCUGGUGCACGGGGCGACGCGGGACGAUGUGAAUGGGGUGUUCCCGCGCGGGGGGUGGGGCGGGUGCUUUGCGGCGACGAUUCGUCGCGAGGUCGGGGCCAAGCCGUGGGUGCAUUCGACGCUGCUUGGGGGGCCCGGUGGGGAGGGGUUUGCGAACGCGGUGGAGGGGAAUUUGUUGAUGGCUGCUUAUCCGUGAAGGGGAGGGGGGUGGGUGUGUGCUACCAGACUGCGAAGUGAGAGCUUGGGGGGGGAGUGGAAGAUGGGUAUGGCCGCGGCAGGGCGUGGAGAUGUUGGGUGUAUACUGGGGAGGCCUUUGCGUGGUAUUGGGCGCGUUAGAUUCAUGCUGUCUACCUAGAAUUGGAAUGAACUGAGACUGAGGAACUUGAUAUAUAACGUUUGAAUCAGGACAAGGGAAUUGAAAGAACUAUUGUUCAUG